AUGGGAAAAAGGAAUACUGGAUCUGCGGUUGAAACCUCUAGUCAAAGCGAUGUGGCUGACAAUUUAGUCAGAAAGCAGGAUAUUUUGACAGCCAAACUAGAGCGGUUUAGUAGAUUCUUAGAUGCAGUUCAAGAAAGUCCAAGUGGCUCGAAACUAAUAGAGCUUGAUACUAGAUUAAAAGAUUUAGAAGGUCAUUUGUUAAACGAUUACAAUGAAGUUCAGUUUUCUUUAGAGGGCAUAGACUAUGAUAGGUAUCAUGAUAGUUCAUUUGAAGAUACUUAUUAUAGUACCAUUUCUAUGGCCAAAGAACUAAUUUUUGAUUUAUCUAGUAAAAAUAAUACUCCAUCUAGUGCCUCAAAUACUACAUCUAGUUCAAAUAAUUUACAUGUCAAAUUGCCGGUCAUUGAAUUGCCCAAGUUUUCAGGUGCUUUUGAUAAAUGGCUCGAGUUUAAAGAACUAUAUGUUUCUCUAGUUCACAGUGUUAGCAAUCUUGAUCAAAUCCAGAAAUAUCACUAUCUUAAGGCCUCGUUAGAAGGUUCAGCUGCUCAGUGUAUACAAUGCUUGGAGAUUUCUGCGAGCAAUUAUGAGUUGGCUUGGGACAUCUUAUGUCAGCGCUAUGACAAUAAGAAAUUAAUCAUUCACAAUCAUAUCAAGUCUUUGUUUAGUAUUCCAGAGAUCAAUUCAAGCUCUCCUCAGUCUUUUCGAAAUUUUGUUGAUUUACUGUCGAAAAACUUGAAUUCUCUAGAAUGCUGCGGGGUGAAAACACAAAAUUGGGAUCCACUUAUAAUUUACAUGGUUUCUAGUAAAUUCGAUAAAGACACAAUUAAAGAGUGGGAACAAUGUAUUUCAAAGGUGGAUUCACCUACAAUUUCUUGUUUAAAAGAUUUUUUAACGGCUAGAGCAGACUUUCUAUACAAAAUUGGCCUUCAUAAGCCAAACGAGAAUUUUAAAUCGGGUCAACAUGAUUUUAAAUCUAAAACCAUGUCUGGUAAACGGUUUUCUGGGAAUACUACGACCAAUAGAGAUCCCAAUCCAACUCUAACUAACCGAAGUAACUCAUUUUCUUGCUAUCACUGUGACAAACCUCAUUCUAUUUACAAAUGUGAGGCUUUUCAUAAGUUGUCAGUAAUAGAAAAGGAAAACAGAUUAAAGGCAUUGAGGAUAUGUAUGAAUUGUUUAAAAAAAGGCCAUGACCUUUCGACUUGUAAUGCUGGGUCCUGUAGGCAUUGCAAGGAGAAACAUAAUUCGUUGUUGCAUGUUUUCAAUUGUUCUUUCACUAAUAAUGCAAAUAGUUCAGCAAGGCAUUGUUCUAGAUCUAAUAUCAUGACUUUACCAGAAUCUGAGACAUUGUUCCUCGACAAUCAAGUUGCCAAUAUUCCUAAUCAGACGACUAGUUGCAGCGUUUCGGUCCAAGGUCAAGUCUUGUUGGCCACUGCAUUAGUCCAAGUUUCAGACAUAAAUGGCAAAUUACAUACAUGCAGAGCACUGUUAGACAGCGGCUCCAUGUCAAGUUUCAUUACUAGAGAUAUGGCCGAGAAACUAAUGGUUCCACAAGAUUCAGUGGACAUUUCCGUUAAUGGCAUUAAUCAAGGCCAUACUCAUGUUUCCAAAUCAUGUGUUAUAUAUUUAAAGUCUUCCAAUUCUCCUUUUAAAACUAAUGUCCAGUGUCUGAUUAUUCCAGACAUUACUGAUAGUUUACCUACACAUUCCAUUAGUCCAGGUUUCUUGGAAAUUCCAUCUUUCAUUAAACUUGCAGAUCCAAAGUUCUUCGAGUCAAGUAGAAUUGAUAUGCUCCUGGGUGCUGCUAUCUUUUGGAGGCUUCUCCGUAAAGGGGUAAGACAUUUAGGGCCAAAUAUGCCUGUUCUCCAAGAAAGCCAUCUUGGAUGGUAUAUAUCUGGGCCUCUGAGUCCAAGUCAACAAGAUAAGGUUAUCUGUAACCAUUCUAGAACCACAGAUCUGGAGGCUUCCUUAACCAAAUUCUGGGAGAUUGAGGAAGUUUCUGUGGAAAAACCCUUCAUACAGGAAGAGCAGCAAGCAGAAGAGCAUUUUCAAAAAACGUUCCAAAGAGAUUCUGAUGGAAGGUUCAUUGUUUCCAUCCCAUUAAAGGAAUCUAUUUCAUGUCUUGGCGAGACAAGAUCUGGUGCUACAAAACAGUUUCUUUCAUUGGAGAAAAAGCUCGCCUCCAACCCAAAACUUAAAGAAAUGUACACAGAUUUCAUGCAAGAGUACAUUCACUUAGACCACAUGUCACCCUUUGAACCAUCAUCAAAUGACACAUGCUUCUAUUCACCUCAUCAUGGCGUUUUGCGUGAAGAGAGUGCCACCACAAAGUUACGUGUGGUUUUUAACAGCUCUUACAUUUCCUCAAGUGGUUAUUCUUACAAUUCCCUUCAACUAGUAGGUCCAACGAUUCAAGAAGACCUUGUCUCAAUUUUAUUACGUUUCCGUCAGCAUUCGUAUGUAGUUUCUGCGGAUAUUUGUAAAAUGUACCGACAAAUUCGUGUAGCUGAGGAUUUUAAGCCUCUACAAUUGAUUUAUUGGCGAUCCAGCCCAGAGAAGGAGCUCCAAUCCUACUCAUUAAACACGGUUGUGUAUGGCACAGCUAGUGCCCCAUUUCUCGCUACAAGGUGUCUGUUACAGCUUUCCAUUGACAACCAACAAUCGCAUCCUCAAGUUUCAGAGGCGAUUAGGCGAAAUUUCUAUAUUGAUGAUUGGUUGUGGGGAGCCAGUUCGGCCACUGAGGUCAUUGAACUUAGCAAGCAAGUAACUUCUAUAUUAGGUUCCGCCCAUUUUAAGUUACGCAAAUGGAGAUCCAAUAAUCCAGAUAUUCUAGAAAAUCUACAAGAUUCAAAUAAUUCUGACGACAAAUUCUAUUUUAAUCAGUCAACGACAUGUAAAACUCUCGGUAUGCUGUGGACAAGUACGGAUGAUAUAUUUUCCUAUGACAUUAAAUUAUCGCCAUUAAAAAAUAAACUGACCAAGAGAUUCAUCCUAUCAGAGACCGCAAGGAUUUUCGAUCCCCUAGGCUUGAUUAGUCCGGUAGUAAUCACUGCAAAAAUCUUUCUACAAAAAUUAUGGUCCCUGAAGGUAUCGUGGGAUGACGAAUUGCCGUGUGAACUUUCGAAUAAAUGGAAGGUUUUCCGUGAAGAGCUUCCAGUCCUCAAUGGCUUGAAAAUUCCGAGGCAAGCCACUUUUAAAAAUGUAACUAGAAUCGAGUUGCAUGGAUUCUCAGAUGCUUCUCAGCAAGCAUAUGGGGCAUGUAUCUAUUUGCGCACCAUAGACACGGAAAACCAAGUGCAUGUGCAUCUUCUUAUAGCUAAAACUCGCGUUGCUCCCUUAAAGCAAGUCAGCAUUCCUAGAUUGGAGUUAUGUGCGGCGCUUCUUUUAGCACAACUUUAUUCCAAGGUUUUAUCUUCUUUAACAAUCCAAGUUAAUGACGUACAAUUUUGGUGCGACUCGACAGUUGCCCUGGCAUGGAUUCAUUCUUCUUCGUGCCAUUUCAAGGUGUUUGUGGCAAAUCGAGUUGCACAAAUUCAGAAGGUGGCUCCACCAGAACUGUGGAGAUACGUUAGCACGAAGGAAAACCCGGCAGAUAUGCUGUCCAGAGGCAUAUCACCUAGUGCCCUAGCAACAAAUAAAGAAUGGGUUCACGGCCCAUCGUGGUUGUACAAAUCGUCUUCUUUCUGGCCAGUUGACAUUUCCAUUUCGAGGCCAUAUGAUCUCUCUGAAUUACCAGAAGUCAUAUGUACUUUAAGGUGCAACUCACAAGAACUUCUCGCCUUUCCUUAUGAAAGAUUUUCCUCAUUUUCCAAAACCAUUCGAGUCGUAGCUUAUUGCAUCAGAUUCAUACGCAAUUGUAAGUCCGCUAAAUCCGACAGAAUCGUCGAUGAAUUCACCGCAAACGAGUUGCAUAUAGCCACAAUAAAGCUGGUAGGGCUGGUUCAGCAAGAAGCAUUUCUUGAAGAUUUAAACUCUUUAAAGAAAAAUAAUUGUGUUAACAAUAAAAGUAACAUUUUGAGUCUCACGCCUAUCCUAGUAGAUGGUAUCAUAAGAGUUGGUGGCAGGCUUCGCCAUUCUUGUUAUUCUAUGGACAAGAAACAUCCUAUGCUGUUACCGUCGAAGCAUCAUUUUACCUAUUUGGUCUUUAAACAUGAGCAUUUCAAUUCUUUUCAUUGCAGCCCUCAAUUAUUAUUAGCCAGAGUUCGAGAAAAGUUCUGGCCGGUAUCUGGAAGGAAUAUUGCAAAAAAGGUGGUGAGAGAGUGCAUUCUCUGCUUCAAAUUUAAACCGCGUUUUAUCAGUCAUUUGAUGGGAGACUUACCAAAAACUCGCGUGUCUGCAAAGGGUCCGUUUGUGGAUGUCGGGGUCGAUUACGCAGGUCCUUUUCUUUACAAAGAUCGUAAGGGUCGUGGAUGCAGAACAUUUAAAUGUUAUCUUUGUGUUUUUGUCUGUCUUACCGUAAAAGCCGUACAUUUGGAGUUAGUUACCGACCUGAGCACAAAUAAGUUUCUUGAGGCAUUUCAAAGAUUCAUUGCUCGCAGAGGCAAGCCAGCCAACAUUUACUCAGAUAACGGCACUAAUUUCAUUGGCGCCAGUAAUCAUUUAAAGGAACUGGGCCAAUUCUUGAAGUCUAAUAAAAAUGACAUUAUAAGGGAAUGUGGUGCCAAUCUAAACAUAAAUUGGCAUUUCAUAGCAGCCUACUCCCCACAUCAUGGUGGCAUAUGGGAGGCUGCUGUAAAAGCAGCAAAGCGGCAUUUGUUAAAGGUUUUAUCAAAUAACCUUUCUAAUUUAACCUUUGAAAGUCUUUAUACGAUAAUCACUCAGGUAGAAAACAUUCUCAAUUCGAGACCUUUAACGCCUUUAACGGCAGAUCCGAAUGAUCUGAGCGCGUUAACCCCUUCCCAAUUUCUGAUUGGACGCACGUCAGGUUAUUUGCCAUAUACAGACUGUCGAGAGACUCCAACUAAUCGCCUAAAUGAGUUGGAGCAGCUUGAGAAAAUUCGGCAACAUUUCUGGGACCGGUGGUCCACGGAAUAUGUGACGUCCUUGCAACAGAGAACCAAAUGGAAGGUCUCAAACCCGAACCUUUGUGUGGGUGAUCUAGUUUUAGUGCAUGACAAUGACUUACCGUCUUUUCAGUGGCGACUUGGUCGCAUUUGUGAUGUACAUCCCGGGAAGGAUAAAAUCGUGCGAGUCGCGAGUGUAAAAACCAAAACGGGUAUCAUUAAGCGUGCCGUAGUUAAGCUCGCGCGUUUACCUGUAGAUUAA